AGAGCAACGGUAGUGUUUUUGGUAUCAAAAUGCGAUCGGCACUUAAUGGCCCGAUCACGGAGUGAUGAAAUUCCGAUAUGCGAUUUGCUGAUACAACGCUUCGUCGAUAAAGGCAUUAUUUUUUCGUGUCUGGCUCGAUUUGAUCGUCAACUGGCAGUAAAUGCACCGGAACUUUGUGGCCGUGUGCAUUUGUUCUUUGUCAGCGCACCGGUUUUUCAUGCUCUCAAAACCGGUGAGAUUGCAGCACUGCUAUUUUUGUUGCACGAACGCGCAGUGUUCGAUUUUCUCAAGCAGAAACGGAUGAUCGCUGAGAUGUUGCAGUCAUCAGUGAUUCCGGAAGCUAGAUCCAGUGCUUGGUUUAGUUCCGAAGUUGUCAAUUCCUCGUUUCCGCAGCUUACUUGA